AGCGGAUGAGUUGUCGUGGUUUGUGUUUUGAAGUCGGCAGGCGUCUUGGCGUUUUGCGGGCCGGGAACGGAUGCCAGCCACAAACUUGAGCACUUGUACGGAGUACGGAGUACGGAGUAAGUUACACAUCCUGGCAUUCCCAUCCUAUCCUGGCAUAGAUCAAUAAGUCGGGGUAAUAUAGCCCAGAGACUCUAUCAAAAGCCAUCAUGCCGGUUGUUGUGAGUCCUAUGAGAGAAGAGGAUAUCGAUGGCGGCAUAAGGACGAUUCAAGAAGCGUUCGCAAAUGACCCAUAUAAUUUAUGGAUUUUUAACGAUCGAUCGAAGAUUGAUUUGAAUCGCAACCGCGUAUCUCUUCGCAUCCGCUGCCUAUGGGGUCUACGUAAUGCCUUGUUCCAUGUGGCCAAGGAGGAAGGCUCAGAUAAAGUCCUUGGGAUUGCUAUGUGGAUACCGCCCAGAGCGACUGACAAGCCAUUAACAUGGGGCGAGUGGUUCUGGAAUGGCUUCGAGGGUUGGCGACUCUGGGGAAGCCAGGUGGCAAUGAACCUACGGUAUGGGCGAGGAGGGUUGAACGUCAAGCGAUACUAUAUAUGGAAAGCGCGCCAGGCGGAAGCCCAUAAGGAAGUUUGGACGGACCCGAAAGGCUACUACUUUCUGAACAUCAUCAGCGUUCUACCUGAAGCACAAGGGAAGGGUGUCGGAAGAGCCUUGUUCAACGAAGUCACCAAGAAGGCAGAUGCGGAAGGUAUCAAAUGCUAUCUGGAAAGUAGUCGGGACGAGCCGAAUACCAAGAUCUACGAGGCGAUGGGGUUCAAAUUCGUCAGGGGCAUGGACUGCGACGACGACGCAGAGGGUUGCAAGCUCUACUGCAUGGUUCGGGAACCGAAGGCGAUAGCAUGAGCCAGGCGGCUGAGACUGUCCAACGAGAAUCCCGAGGUGGUGUGGUUGCAAAGCCCCAAGCUUGCAUCACUCGAUACUGGCUGCUGAUGCCUACAUGCCUCGGUCUCGGUGCCGCGACAGCCAUGUCAAACAUCCACAAGGCUGAACUAAUGAAGCUGAAGAGGAAUUCAACUGCGGCGGCUGGGCGAUACCCAUACACCAUAAGAUAGACAGAGCAAGUGCCCCCACAUAGCUCUCGGACUAGAGUGAAGGAGAGAAUUGUAGCUGCCGUUCUUCCGAAAUUGCCGUCGCGUCAUGUACGAGUACUGUAAAGUAAUUCCGACACUAGUUCUGCUAGUUUGCUAGCUCCCCCUCUGUGAAUACAGUAUGAAUAAUUGAAAGGGAUCGAGCCUUGGUCUCCCAUUAUUAUAACUCAUGAAAUUGCCUCUCGACGAGCUGUACACUGUAAUUUACAAGCAGAUAGCCUCAACAAAGGCAUUGGCAUUUUUUAUUUCCCCCCUUUGCGCCCGCCGCAAAAAAGAAAAAAAUUCUUAACAUCAGUUGUGACUUGCAAUAAAGUGAUAUCCUAGUUAUCAAUCAGUAGCCGCGCUAUGUCAUCACCUUUGCUCAUCCAUUCACAAGCGGCCGCCGCCUCGCAUAAGGUUCCAGGCGCGAAAACAAAAAUUGCUGAGAAUUCCCC